AUGGUGGUCAUCGGUGACAUGGGCUUUGAAAACGCCGUGUCCUUUGGUGCAAUUAAAUCAGAAGUAGCUACCGGAGAGGUGGAUGUGCUCAUGCACAAUGGUGAUUUGGCGUACAAUCUUGCCUCGGGCUACUCCUCAGUGGGCGACGCGUUCAUGCGCAUGAUGCAGCCAGUUGUGGCGAAUUUUCCCUACCAAACGAGCUGUGGCAAUCACGAAUGGAUGGACACUCUGUUUUCAAGUGACAGUGACUUCAGCAACUAUGUAAAUCGCUUCUCGAUGUACGAUAUGAGCACUGUGGCGAAGGGCAGUCAGAGCAAUCACUUCUAUGCCUUCCACCUCGGCGCCGCUCUCAUUGUCGUCUUCAACACUGAGUUCUACAUCUACAAGAGCUUCUACUCGAAGGAAUUCGCAAGACAAGAACAAUGGCUCAAGUCAGUGCUGGCCAAGGGAAACACUGCAGAGAGUCGCAAAUCGCAUCCGUGGAUCAUUGUCUUUGCUCACCGACCACUCUACUGCUCGUCGUUGUCUGUCGUCGACUGUGCCCUGUACAACACUUUCUAUGGCUCCACUGAAAAUCUGGACAGCUUUGUGAGUUUUCACAUUCCAAAGUGGAGUGCAGUGCGCCAACGCAGAUUUGGCUUCGGUAUUAUUGAAGUCGUCAAUUCCACUCAUCUCAUUUAUCAGCAAAAGGAUGAAAAGAACAAAAUUAUCGACACGGUGACGAUCAUUCAGAAUCAUCAUGGACCUUUUGGCAAUUAG